UGCAGCGCAGCCAAAACAUACUUCUCGAAGCCGUGAAGCUGUGAUCGUGCAUUCUCCCAACGCCAUUGCAGGAAAUCGCAAGCCAAUAUGCCCCCAGUAGCUGCAGCAGGUGGGAUGGCGGGUCCUUCGACCUUCGACAAAUGGAAGAUGGGUGCCAUGAUGGGUAGCACUGUCGGUCUGAUCAUCGGAUUCAUCUUUGGCGCAACAAACAUCAUCAGAUUCGGACCAGGACCAAACGGCAUGAUGCGAACACUGGGGCAAUACAUGGUCGGCUCCGCAGCAACAUUUGGUUUCUUUAUGGGCAUAGGAACGACGAUACGAACAGACAGCUCGCCGAUCCUCCAGGAAGCCUUCAAGGCAGCACACAUGCGUAACAGGCAUCCAAUGAUCAUGCCUCUCGAUCGAUCGCAAAGGAGAUCGCAGGAGUCAUGAAGAUGAUUAAAGUGGGAUCGCGAUGUACAAAACAAUUGAAAGGAUACUGUAAAGAGGGAGUUCAGGCUGGCCGCUGCCGAGUGAAGCGGAAACACGAUCGCGCAGCAAGCCUUUCCGUGCUGUUGCUUGCAGUGCAGUCUCAGGGCAGGCGUUAUUUCACUCGUGCCAGCACUCAAUCGAGCUAGAAAUAGGGAAUGGCACUCCGUCUCGGUCGACAACACAUCCUUCUCCCCUCACACCCACUGACCAACAGCUCACACCAACGUUUGUGUUCCAAUGGGUCACGACAAGCACGGAGAACCAUUGCUUGAGACCGCUCGGAGAGGCGCCAAACAUUCAUCCGCAAUUCGUCGCGACUUUGAGCACUGCCAUCGCGCGCUGCACUACUGUCGGUUGCUAUUUUCCAAAACGGUCGUGCCUUCCCUGCCAAAAC